AUGGUACAUGGACACAACUUACAACGCGUUGUUGCUGUAAGUCUUCUAAUACUGGGGUUGUCUGGGGCUACGAAGAAGGAUCUGGCAGUGAAAAACAACUCUGGGGUGAAGCCAGCGGGUCAGUGUGGGACAUGGGUGAAAGAACCAGAUGGAGGACUGUUCACUUCUCCCAAUUACCCAAGCAAAUACCCCCCAGACACUGAGUGCGUUUACAUCCUGGAAGCUCCGCCAAGACAAUGCAUCGAUCUACACUUUGAGGAAAAUUACUCAAUCGAAUCCUCUUGGGAAUGUAAAUUUGACAACAUCGAGGUCAGGGAUGGGCCGUUUAGCUUCAGCCCCAUGCUCGGACGCUACUGUGGGCAGCAAAGUCCUCCCGACAUCAGGAGUAGUGGGAGGUAUCUGUGGAUAAAGUUUGUGACGGACGGGGAGCUGGAAGCGCUGCAUUCGGACACGGACCACGGGGAGAACGCAGUGAAGUACACGCUCUCUGGAGAAGGGGCGGGGUCGAUCUUCACCAUCGAUCAGCUGACCGGAGACAUCCAUGCGCUGGUGGGACUCGACAGGGAGGAGCGCUCCUUCUACACGCUCAAAGCCCAGGCUGUGGACAUUCACACUGGCGUGCCCUUGGAGCCUGAGUCUGAGUUCAUUGUCAAAGUGCAGGACAUUAACGACAAUGAGCCACGCUUUCCGCAUGGACCCUACAGCGCGAGUGUUCCUGAAAUGUCCCCCACCGUCUCUCCCUCUUCAGGCACAUACGUAACACAAGUCACAGCCACUGAUGCUGAUGACCCCACCUACGGCAGCAGUGCACGCAUCGUCUACAGCGUCCUCCAGGGGCAGCCCUACUUCUCUGUGGACCCCAAGACAGGCGUGAUCCGCACAGCUCUGGCCAACAUGGAUCGCGAGGUGAAGGCGGAGUACCAGGUGCUUUUGCAGGCCAAAGACAUGGGGGGUCAGCUGGGGGGUCUGGCCUCCACCACCACGGUCAACAUCACUCUGAGUGACGUCAACGACAACCCGCCACGCUUCACGAAAAGUAUCAUCCACCUGCGAGUCCCGGAGACGGCUCCGGUGGGCUCCGCGGUGGGCCGGAUCCGCGCUCAGGACGCAGACACCGGAGACAACGCGGUGGUGGAGUACUCCAUUGUAGCAGGAGAGGAGGACGGGGACAGCUUCCAUGUUAGCUCUACGGGCCAAGACGGGGUGCUGUUGCUCAAAAAGGCUCUUGACUUUGAGUCCAAGAAGUCAUACAUGUUCAAAGUGGACGCCACCAAUGCUCACUUGGACCCACGCUUCCUGCACAUGGGCCCGUACCAGGACUCGGCCACGGUCAAAGUCAGUGUGCUGGACAUGGACGAGCCCCCGGUCUUCACCAAAGCAGAGUACUAUAUGGACACCUUCGAAGACACCGCCCCAGGGACCAUCAUCGGCUCUGUGACGGCCUACGACCUGGACACCAGCAGCAGUGCGGUCAGGUACUCUCUGGAGUGGAAGACGGAGUCCGACAGCUGCUUCGACAUCGACACAGUGGAAGGAACCAUCACCACCAAUGAUCUGCUGGACCGAGAGAGCACGGCCCAGCACAACAUCACUGUGAGGGCCACUAAAGUCAAUAACCCGCUGCUGUUCUCUAAGGUGUCGGUGCUUGUGGAGGUGCUAGACGUGAAUGAGUUUCCUCCAGAGCUCUUUGUGCCCUCAGAGUCCUACGUGUGUGAAGAGGCCCGAGCGGGACAGGUGAUCCAGGUGGUGAGCGCGGUUGACCAGGACCAGCCUCCGGUCGGACAGAGGUUCUUCUUCAAAUCCCCCAAAGAGCUCCGCAACCGCAACUUCACCAUCCGGGACUUUGGCAACAACACGGCUGGCAUCGUGACGCGGCGCUCAGGCUUCCUCCAGCAGCAGCAGCAAGAGUACCUGAUCCCUGUGGUGGUAGAGGACAGCGGGUACCCAGCACAGAGCAGUACCUCCACCCUCACUGUGCGCGUGUGCUCCUGUGGGACAGGGGGCGCUCUGCUCACCUGCUCCGCCCAGGCCGUGGUGCUCACUGUGGGGCUGAGCACUGGGGCGCUCCUGGCCAUCCUGCUCUGUGCGGCUCUGCUCAUGGUGAUGGCGGGCCUGUACGUGUCCCAGCGUCGCCACAAAGAGAAAGAGGUGCUCAUGUCGUCGCGCGAGGACAUCCGAGACAAUGUCAUCCACUACGAUGACGAAGGCGGCGGUGAGCAGGACACACGCGCCUUUGACAUGGGCACGCUGCGUACCACACACUCGCAGUGCGCCAGCCUCCAGAGCUCGGCCUCCCGGAGCGACCGGCCCUGCUGCUACGGCGAUGGGAUCCUUCUGCACCUGUCCAACCGUGACCAUGACAGCACGCGCUCCCCGGAUAUCCACCGGCAGACCGUUGUGGCUGCAAGCAGGACGCUGAAGGGCGACGACGCCCGUGUCAUCAGGAGUUUCAUCGAACAACGCCUGGGGGAGGGGCAGCACACAGUCCCGGCUUACGACUCACUGGCCACAUAUGCGUAUGAGGGCGAGGGCUCGGAGGCCGGGUCGCUGAGCUCCAUUGAGGAGGGGUGGCCUGUAGAGGACGUGGGGGACUUUAGCUCGCUCGCAGACUGGGGGCAGCCGUUUAAGGUGCUGGCAAGUAUCAUGGACACACAGGAGACACCAGAAGCCGACUCCGACAGUUGA